AUUACAUCUAAGAUCUCUUAAAAAAAUCCUAAUCACUUAAUUUUAUUAACUAUCUAUGAAAUAACAAUUAAUUCAUAUCUAAAAUGUUGUGAUUGUUAGAAGAGGCCCAGAGAUAAGAACAGCUUUAUAAGACAUUGGCUCUAACACCUUUGGCACUUUCAGGUUCAACAUGAAGGCAUUUCUAGCUCUCUUCCUUUUUGUAGCCGUUUCAUCGGCUGCUGAACUUUACGAGGUGAGACUUCUAGGUAAUCACCUUGAAGAUCUUGUCACUGAGACCCUCGAAUAUGUAAGGUUCUUGAUGAAAAAACAUAACCCCUAUGUCUUACCAAGCAUGCCAGAUCAACACCUUCAAGACACAGACGUUGACUUAGUACUGUCAGCCAGUAACAUGGGAGUGUCUGAAGCCUCUGAUUUCACAAUCGAUAGCAUCAAAGUGAACCCUCUUACCUUGAAAGCUAGCUUCCAGGUGACCAUCCCCAAAGGCCACGUUGCAGGUAACUACAAGAUCUCUGGAACUGGAUGGAACAAGAAAGUUGAAGGAUCCGGUUCAAUCACUGGAGAUCUUACAAGCUUCGUCCAGUCUGGAAACCUACAACUUGGAGUAGUUGACCACUCUAUCCAAGUCAAAGAACUGAACCUUGACUACAGCAUCGGAGACUUGAAGUUGGCCGUGGACGGACUCAGCAUCGAAGGGAUGACCAAGGAGCAAGUGAACGACCUCCUCAACUCGAAGCUGCUCGACCACCUGAAGAACAACAAGGCCUUCGUGGUCGAACACACCUCCGCCCACGUCAUGAAGGUCGCCAACAAGAUCCUCCACGGGCACACCUUGGCCGAGGUCAUCGCUUUCGUCGAGAAGCUGGUCGCCUCCACCCCGGACCCCCCACCAUUCACCUUCGCCCCCUAGAUUCGGCCUAAUCAAUGUCUGAUUUAAAAAAAAAAUAAAUUGAUUUAUCUAUAA